GGGAGAAGAAGGAGCGGGUCUAACCCAGGGACGAGGAUGCCCAGGAUAAUGUCCCCGGUUCGCUGUGUGUCCCUCUCAGCCGUACCAUGAUCAGUGCUGCUGGGGCGGUCGGCCGGAGGAUGCCGUCGGCGGCCCGGCGGAGCGGAUGCUGGAUCGCGUGGUGCCAGGCGGUCCUCCUCGGCAUGUCGGCGCUGGUUAUUGUGGCCGAACGGAGCGCUCUGAUCUACUGUAUAGGGUUUUACCUAUGGAACGAAGAGACGCAGUGGGCGGGCCUCACUCUCGGCCUCUUUCUUCCGGGGACAGCAGUUCAGUUACUAAGUGUCAAAUGGUACUAUGAUGACGGUGAUGACAGGCGAUGCUACCUUUCUGUCAUACACAUUCUACACUUGGGAAUCUUCAAAAGGUUAUGGGACUGCAUGAGGUCUGUGCUGCAUAUGCAUGACUCAGUGGCUGAGCUUGGUGCGUCUGUCAUGCAGCAGGCAGAUGUUGCUGCCCUUUGGUUGCUGGAAGCACUCGUCCUCACUCUGCCUCAGAGCCUGCUGCAGGCGUAUGUUGUAGUGUCCACAGAUGUGGGCAUUGACUCCCCAGUUGCUUAUUGCUGUGGACUGUGCGUACUGUCCAUUUCCUGGGCCCUGGUGCUGUACAGCCGAGCAUGCUGCUUGAUCCGACCAGGCCACUUAGCCAUGCCGCCAGCUGCCCUGUUGUGCCAGCUGGUGUGGAGGGCAGGCAUGCUGGGCGCUAGGGUGACAUGCCUCAUGUUCUUCGCCAGGGUCUUUAACUGGUGGGUCUGUGGAGUAGCAGGUUUCCACUGGCUUACGGCCUCCUUCUGGCUGGUAUCACAGCAACCAGAUAUCUGCACUGGCCCCUGGUGUUGGCGUGUCUUCAAUGGCAUCAUGGGUCUUGUGCACGUCUUCCUCUUCUUCAACGUCAAAGAUGGACCAUCACGUUUCCGCAUGGCCAGUUUUUAUGCAUUCAUGCUAGUAGAGAACGCCACUUUGCUGCUGACCGCCUCCGACUUCCUCAGCGAAGCAUCAUGGGACAGUCUGACCCUUCCCACCACUGUGCUGUGUAGUUUUCUCCUUGGUGCUACCUCUCUUGUUCUGUACUACCGGUUCCUCCACCCCAAGUCAACAGAGAUCUCCCAGGGCUCCCACCAUAACCACAUGGGCAGCACUUGCAUAGAACAAGGGGAGUCGUCUUUCUCCCUCGGAGACAAAAGCCUGCCAGCUCCCUCCAUUCAAAACCACGGCAGCUUCUCCCUCUCAGGUGUAGCUGGUUCUCUACUGGAGCACCCAGGAACCUGUGGUGGCAGACCCAACAGCUCCUGUCCUUGUUAUCAUCACCACUGGCUCCUGAUCCGGCUGGCCCUUAAAACUGGGGACCUGGGUAAAAUCAACAGGGCGUAUGGGGCAGGUGGAGCGGCGGCCAUAUUGGAUAUGGAGGAAUACAACCAAGAGUUUAAGAGUAAUGAAGGAAUGACUAUCACAGCAGGAGGCAGCUGUGAGGGAGUCUCCACAUCUGAGUCUCAGGGGAAGGGUCUUGCACCCCUCUCAGACUGCAAAGAUGAAUUCCAAAGUGUAAGCGAACCAACUUCAACCGAGCAACCAGGAGAAGAAGAUGAUAGUCUGGAGAUGGAGAGCCCGCUGGAGUCACCCACAUCAGAUUUCAAACGAAGCUCACCAGAAGGAAAAUCUGUAUUUGGAGACAGCCCGGAGCCGUAUUUCUGCCCUACUGAGUCAAGUUCAACCCUGUAUUUCAGUGCUGAUCCUCAGUCUCCAAGUAGUGCGAGCAACCCCCGUUUGGACCGUGACAUUGGGGGCCUAGAACAGGGCGUACGCCUCAACUCCAUCCCUAGUGAUCCAGCACUUCACAGAGAUGUCCGUGGGCUCAUGGGCCGAGUCGGGCCACGUUGUACUUCCACUCCCAAAUUAGACUCUGGAGUGCUUGAUUCCUCAUCUAGUGUUCCUCAUCUCACAGGUCCCCGGAGGCAGCUUAUAAUGUCCCGGAGAGAUGAAGAUGAUAACUUCUAGCUUUCUUAUGAUAGCAUCAGGGAAAGUGUAACAGCAGCUUAUCCAAAAUUUAAGCAGUACACCAGCUUUUCUAUCUGGUUCUUUAUGUAGAAGAAACUGGCAGAUAUCUUACUUUAAUACACUGUGGGGCAUAUGCUAAGCGAUCCUGUACUCUAAUUCUAAACCAUUUUAAAAGUACUAUGUUGCCUAAAUGCUGGACACACAGAGGUGAAACCUGGCAUAAAAGCCACAAAGUAGUAUUUGGAGCUCAGACACACCUACAACCUACUGGCUAAAAUGUGUAUUCAGUUAGUUUUAGUAGCACUUAAUUUAAAGGAUAUACUGUGCAAAACUGGGUCUGCCAGAUUGUAAUUAUAUAUUAAUGAAGCAGUCAUGAGUUAUAUCGAGAAACAUCAUAAGAUAUAUGCAGCUGCUGUGUAAUCU